GACCGUACCAAAUCCCAUGUAACCUAAUUGGAGUCAGAAAAUAAAAGUGUAUUAAUUAGUAUUCAGUUUAUUUACUUAUCUCUGAACACGACACCCCACCAUCUAAAUUGGUGACCCCGUGUGGAGAAAGUGUGAACUGUAACCAGUGAAUUUGGACUUGUAAUUCAGUGAAUCGGACGACCGGGGCAACUCACACAAGUGUACGUAGUGUCGGCUUAAUAUUAGUGCGCGUCAAAUUAAGAAAUUAUAAUGUCGUCUGAAGACAAGAAGGUCGUUAUUGAAGAACAUCAACUGUCGUCCAUCUCCAUCACAGCUAGAAUUCCGGAAUUUUGGAAGAAGUCGCCUAGAACAUGGUUUAUCCAAGCAGAAGCAGUUCUAAAUCCUCAGAAGAUGUCCGACGAAUCAAAGUACCAGGUCCUUAUUUCAAAAUUACCCCCGGACGCAGUUGAGCAAGUUACACAGAUCCUUGUGGAUCCCCCUGAGAAAAAUAAAUAUGAGACCUUGAAGAAUAAGUUGAUAUUUAUAUAUCAAGAAUCCGAAGAGCGGCAAGUAAAAAAACUCAUUGGCGAAAUGGAAUUAGGCGACCAGAAACCAUCACAAUUACUAAGAAAAAUGCAAGACCUAGCCAGGGGACGAGUAAAUAACGAAACACUCAUAGUUAUGUGGCAGAAUCAUUUACCAAAUUCGGUGCGAGGAGUUUUAGCUGUAACGGAAGAAAAAGAUCUAGAGAAAUUAGCAUCAAUAGCGGAUAAAAUAAUGGAAACAACGACUCCCAUAAAUAGUGUUGCGACUGUCAAACAGGAACCAGGCCCAUCCGGUUCUCAGGACCAAAUUAUUUCGGCAAUAAACAAAUUGAGUGAUAGAUUACAAAAUUUAGAGUCAAGAUCACGAGGCCGUUCAAAUAACUGGCGAAGGAAUAACUUUAGACGCAACAGAUCCAGGUCAGGGUCAAGAAGUCGCACAAGGAAAUUCGAAGAUCCAAAUUGGCUAUGUUUUUACCAUUAUAAGUAUCGCAGCAAGGCAACUAAAUGCGUGGAUCCAUGUAACUGGAAGAAAAAACACGACAAUAAUAUUCUGAUCAAAAACCUUCGUUCUCUCAAGUGAUAUUAUAUUUGUGUGAAUGUGUAGUGAAUGUUAAACAGUAGUGAAUGUAUAUUUUUUAUGGCGUCAUCAUGUCGGAUACUGGAGACUCUUGGUCAUUCGUACGAGUAGGCCAAGCGUGUAAUUUUAUUUUUUAAUAUGUAUAGCAGAGUAACCCGGCAUGAUAACUACCCUUAACGUAUAUCGUAUAUAAUAUAGAUUAUGUAUAUUUCAUGUUACCUAUUAUGUAUGUAAUCACAUUAAAUGUCAAGACGGACUCGCUAGAAGUGUUCCGCAACUGUAAUAGACGUAUAUGAGUAGUGUAUUACAUAGAUUUAAGGCAGUUACAGGACGUAUUGUGUUAUAUUUUGUUUUUCGAUCGUAGGACAUUCUGCAUAGUUUGUAUUGUUGGUACCGGCCGGCCACAAUGACUCCAAGAGAGGAGAACAGAGUAUAACACAAAGGUUAAGAACAUUUUGUACUUAGUUUAAGAUUUUUUUUUAGAAAGUUUUGUCCUGUUUGAAGAUAGAUUUUUUACUCUGUAUUUGAUAUUCAAUUUGUAAUAAUGAACAUAAGUUUGAACCCGCACUCUCAGGCACGAGAGGUGUAUCUUUUAAUCACUAAGCCAUUAGGUACAAAGCCAGUAGUACUGAGACAAACAUGCGCUUAUCGCACAACCCGUCAAGCAUCUUGUUUCAAAGUUGUUAUUGUAUAAAUGUAUACUGUAAGCAAAUUUUUGUUGAGACUGUAAUUUAAUAAUAUUGUUUGUGAACAUUGUAAGCUUCUUGGAUUAUAUAGCAACUGGAUAAGAAUAUUUUUUUUUGUAAAAAAAUCUUUUGUCAAAUUUUUUUUUAAAAAAAGGGG